GUCGAUGUCUAGUUACACUGCUGCACAAAACCAACAUUCAUAAAAAAUGUCAGAGGCAGAGACACCAAAAAUCACGAGUUUUUUGUAUUGCGAUGUCUGCACUUUACCAGUAGAAUACUGUGAAUUUAGUGGAACUCUGAAGAAAUGCAAAGCAUGGCUCAAAUCUGCUCAUGAAGACGUUUACCUCAAGUUGUACUCGGAUUCUGAAUUAGCCUCCGAAACAAAUAAAAACUUAAACGUUACUGAAGAACCCACUGAAGGAGAACAGCCUACGAAGUUGACAAAGGAAGAACGCAGAUUCGAGAGAGAAGAAGCAAAGAGAAUGUCUUCCAAAGUUUAUAUCAAAACCAUUGAGAGAACCAAGAGGAAGAGAGUUACCACUGUUCAAGGACUUGAUGCAUUCAACAUUGAAACCAAAAAGGCUGCAAAGAUGCUCGCCAAUAAAUUCGCGACAGGUGCCAGUGUCACCAAAACCGCCGAUAAAAAGGAUGAAAUUGUUAUUCAAGGUGAUUUGGGAUAUGAUAUUUUCGAUUAUAUUGCUGAGAAGUUUAAAGAGAUCCCUGAAGACAACAUUGUUGUUGUCGAAGAUACCAAAUCUAAAAGAAAGUAAACUUGUGGAUUAUUGAAACUUGAUAAUCAGAAUAAGAAGCUAUAAACGGCGUGCUACAACCUAGCACAUACUCACACCCUUCAAAAUAUUGUCGUUUGAUGUUUACUUUUCACCUCUGGAAUCUCCUUAAUUCAAACAUGGUAAGUGGGUUCAGUAUGCUAAGAAUAUCCGGUGCUCAAUUUUCUCAUUUCAGUUAUCAGAAUUUAGAAUUCUUUGGAGUAUAAAUAGACAGAGCUCGCUAUACAGCAGAAUAGAGUACUCCAUAUUCCUGUUGGAUUCCCUUAAUGCAAUAUAUAUAUGGUUGUUAUCUUUCGAUUGAUAUUUAACUCUAUUUAUUUUCAAAGCAAUUCAUAUCUUUACGUCUGUCUAAUGUACGCUAGAUAUCUUCAAGUUAAUAUAUUUGAAAUGGAAACACCGUCAGAUCCGCAGCUCGUAGAUCUCGACGGGACUAAGGACCGUAGCUGAAUUUGAUACUACUUUUUAUUUUCCAUAUUGUAUAUAUUAUUCUUUAUUUUCCUUA